UCGAACACACAAGAGUCGCCAUUUUUGCGUCGGAGAGAAUGUUCAGUUAAUCUGUUUCAUAAUUUAGAAUUUAUGAUCGAAGUUCCGGCGAAAAGGUCUUGAGAUACUGGCUUCAAAAUGAAUAACAGUCCUCAUGGGAUGGCGCCUUGGCAUGGAGGCAACCAAGGACAGGGAGGAGGAGGUGGAGGUUGGUUUAGUGGACCCCCUGGACCUUUCGGAGGGUAUGGCCAUUCAUACAAUGGGCCACCAGGACCUCCGCCUGGAUGGAAUGGGUAUGGCCCUGCAGGGGGAGCUGGAUAUGGAGGCUAUACAGGCUAUCAGGCUCCUUGGGGAUAUGGCAUUCCACAUGGAAUGCCUGGUCCUUCACCAGCUUCACAGCAGCAGUCAGAAGGGAAAAAUGUUGACAAUUCUGAUGAUAAAGAUAAGAAUAAUGGGGGAAACAGCAAUAAUCCCCCCCUGCCUCCUGGUCCUCCACCUAACCAGAAUUCAGAAAUGGGGAACCAGAACAAAGGCAACAUGUCAAAUAACUCACUCUUAAAACAGAAUGAUAAUGUUAGUCCACAAAAGUCUGAUGUACCAUCUCACAAUUUUGGAAAUCAGAAUUUUGGUCAGGGCUACAAUCAGAAUUUCUAUCAGUCAUAUGGCCAAGGUUUUGAUAACUUCAAUGGUUAUAACGGUGGUUGGUAUGGCCCAGCUGGACCUCCUCCAAGGGGUCCACCUCCCAAUUUUAACCAGAAUCAGGUAGGAAGAGGAAUGUCAAACAAUGCAGGAAGUGGACCUGUUAAAUUCAGUCUCCCUGUGAAGAAGGGUCUGGGAUAUAAUGCCUUACAUCAGCCAAAUCACGGCCAACAGCAUCAGCAGCAGCAACAACAGCAACAACAACAGCAACAGCAGCAGCAACAACAACAGCAGCAACAGCAGCAGCAACAACAACAACAGCAGCAGCAGCAACAACAGCAACAGCAGCAGCAGCAACCACAGCAAAUGAUGAUGAUGCAGCAGCAUAAAUCACAACAGCAGCAAAGACAUCAACAUCUUAAUAAUGCAAAUACACACCAGAAAAAUAAUAAGAAGAACAAAAACAGGGGCAAGAAUGUCAUUAUGUCAAAUAAUCCCUGGACGAGCAACAAUUUCUUGAAUAAACAGCAAAACAUGUUAGGUUCUGUUGGCAAAGAAAAUACAGAAGCAGAGUCGUUAAUGAAUAAAGGCAAAACAGAAAAUGAAAACCAGGAUGUGGGGAACAAAGGCCAAGAUACAAAAAGUGCCGUCCUCCAAUCCAAGGCAAUAAAAGAGAUGACAGGAUUGGUAGCCAAUGGUGACUGGCCAGAAAGUUUGAAAACAUAUGUAAGUAGAUGUUUUAAACGCUGUGUUACUGAACUGGACAAGGACCUGGUGGAAAUUUGCUUGAAGGGAAAACUUACUCAAGCAGCAAAUAAUGGAACUCUGUGGACAAAGAAUUGGGAAGAGGAAGAAUUACCCAGUAUACAAAGUGAAUCUACUUCAAAUAUAAUAUCCCAUAUCAAAAGCUGGAAUACUGGAACUGAUGCAGGGUCUGAUAAUAGCUCUUCAAGCCCUAUGAAGCUGCAGGGAAAGAAAGGAAUGAAGAAAAAUAUUACCCCAGCAUUUGGGUCAAUGAGAGGGAUGAGAUCAAGGUCUCGCUCACGGUCGAAGUCAAGAUCAAGGUCAAGAUCAAGGUCAAGAUCAAGAUCACCUGGUUAUAGAAGAGGGAGGCGAGAUAAUAGGCGUAACCGACAUUCUUCCAGCUCAGAUGAUGAAUCAAAAGGCUUUAUUAGAUUGAACAAGAGAGGAAGAAGCCCAGUCAACAUGAAGGGCAAAGGGAACAAGAAAAUGAAGGGGAAGGGCAAAAAUGAAUCCUACUUCUAUUCCAAACAUGGACGGAUGAGCCUUGAUCCAGAGCUUGGCAGUUCUGAACGUCUGCAGAAGAGAGCAGCUAGGUUCAGUGUUGCUGGAAGUGGUCCAGGGCCUCACAAAAAGAGAAAGCCCAUUAACCUAACAAAAACAAUAAGUAAUACUUUUACUGUGGAUGGAGAUGAUAUAGACUGGACAUCCAUGCACAUUGUUGGCACUUCAACAUCAUUAGAAAAACAGUACCUACGAUUAACCUCGGCACCAGACCCUUCAACAGUAAGAACGAUAGAUACUCUGAAAAGAGCCCUAGAGCAUAUAAAGUGUCAGUGGGUUCGAAACCAAGAUUACAGAUAUGCCUGUGAUCAGCUGAAGUCACUACGUCAAGAUCUCACUAUCCAAGGAGUUCGAGAUGCCUUCACUGUUCAGGUGUAUGAAACUCACUCUCGCAUAGCCCUUGAAAAGGGAGACCACGAAGAAUUUAAUCAGUGCCAGAGUCAGCUCAAGCAGUUGUACAGUGAAGUUGGUGGCGAUAACCACCUUGAAUUUAUUGCCUACAGACUUCUUUAUUAUAUGUUUACCAAGAAUACAUUAGAUAUCACAUCCCUCAUGGCUGGGCUAACAAAAGAACAGAAACAGGAUGAGUGCAUCAGCUUUGCCCUGCAACUACGUGCUGCAUGGUCUUUAUCCAACUACCAUAGAUUCUUCUUGCUGUACCGGAAUGCCCCUAAGAUGGCAGGCUACUUAAUUGAUUGGUUUGCAGAUAGGGAAAGAAAACAGGCUCUUAAGAUUAUGUUGAAAGGCUAUCGGCCGGGUAGUCUAGAUGUCAGUUUUAUUAGGUCGGAGUUGGCUCUCGGAACUCAAGAGGAUUGGCAGAAAUUUGAAAGUGCUGUGAAUUUGGUGUAUACAGAUACAUCAAAAGUGAGAAUAGACUGUAAAAGCUCAACUGCAGAUUCAGUUGCAACUCAGUGAUUGCAGAAAAUGAGUUUGCAAUGAAGUCAUUAAGAAAAACAGUGUAGCAUUAAGUGCACAAACAGUAUGGGGAGUGACUUCCAUUUUAAUAAGCUGAGUGUAUGGUCCAUGUGUGUGUAUGUAGUGGCUGUUGUGGUCAGGGUGACCUUGGUGGAGUGUGGAAGAAUUAUCUUUUGCGAAAUUCCUUGAUGCAAGGACUAAAAGCAGAAAAGGAACAGCUCUUCUUUUGUGAAGAUUCUUCUUAAAACACUUUAAGCUUCCCAUUCCAGUGAUUCUGUGCUUAAGAAACCAGUAAAACUUUUGGAACUACAGGUAUCCACUGUGAUUUUUUACAAGAAGAAAAAACGAACUAUUUUUAGAAGCAGGAUGAAUUCAUCUGAACUGGAAGAAUGACGGGACGUACUUGAAAAAUGCCUGAAAGAGACAGGCUGUAAACCUGAGUACUGGAGUAGACAUGAAGAUUUGUUUGCACAAAUGACCAGUGAUUAUCCUGUGCUCUUGGUUGUCCAGGAGUACACUUGAGCAAAAGCCUUGAAGUGAAGUUCCUGUUGAGACAGCUAUAGGAUUUACUUCAUUUCACUUGAAGGCUAGGGCAUGUCUAGACCCCUCUCUCCCCUCCAAUACAAAUAUUUACUUCAUGCUUCAUUUCUGAUACAAAUCCAUACAAUUAUCAUGAGAAUUCUAUCAACUAGAUCAUACUCAUCACAUGCAUUGCAUUCCUAGUUGAGAGGAUUUUCAGCAUUUUUGUAUGAUCAACAAUGGAUUUACACCUUUUGGAAGGAUGUCUGGUAGAAAUAUUAUUUCUUAUCAUGACUCCUAAAGGAUCACGUUAAGACUUCUAGAAAACAACAGGUUCUGCAACGUUUAGUUACUUCAGUUACCUGAGCAUUGGAUGAUUGUUCUUCACGACGACUCGGGAUCAUCGAAUGUUAUAGGGUCUUCACGGCUACACGGGAUCUUCACGAUAACAGAAGGACUUACACCUUGACCUGGUCACCUAAACUGGAAUUCUUCUGUGUUUCAAGCUUUUAUGUCAUUUUCAGGUACAGUAAACUUCGCUGGGAAGUCUUUGUUCAGCUGGUUUGUAAGAAGAAGCCAAUUCUACACAUUUUUAAUUAAAAGUGUAAUCCAUGGCAUUACCUUAGAAUUUGAUUUCAGGAGAAUACUUCAACUGAAACCCCCCAUUUUUAUUUUUAUUCAUCCACUGCCAGUAGUGCUCUCUUGUACAAUCUGAAGCCACAGGAUAAAAGCAAGAAUUAGGAAGAAUGAAACAAACUUUUUGUUUCAUUUUUUCCUCUAGUUGAAGUUGAAAACGAGUGUUUAAUCAACUUUGCUGCAGAAUUUCUGGACAUUACAGUGUACUUUUAAGCUGUGUACAAACAAACUGUUACAAAAUCAAACAAGCAUUGAAAAAACACAAAGAUGUGUACUUGUUUGUUUUUUAUUUGUUUAUUAUCCUAGAAACACUGCAGCUUUCAGGACUACUAUAUUUUCGUCCAAUUUGGAGAAUAUUUUGGCUCCUCUCAAAUGAUUGUUAUAAGUGUUAAAGCCACUGUAAAUGUUGAUACAUCUUUCUACUAGAAACAUAAUUUUAUCGGCUACAGCAGAGCUGUAAUGGUCCUAGGAACAAAGCAUGUUCCACAUGCAUGUUACGUUGUUCCUGUCUACAGUAAUGAAUUUGUAAUCCUGCAACUUGAGCCUCCAACAUCAUUUUGCUGUUCCAGCUUUGUUUUACUACUGACUUCCAGUUUACAGCAUAUGAUCAGUGUUCCAGUCAGCUGCAUCUUAUUAGUACUCCAGACAACAGCUUCCAUAUUCCAGUCUCAGCGUUCUAGUGUCCAGUCUUCAGCUUCUUAGAUGUGUUCCAGUCUUCUCCAUCAAGUCAUCUAUUGAGUGUCCAGUAUUGGUAGCAGUGUUGCAGUUCCAUAAGUUUUGAAUACUACAGUCUUCACAAUUAAUAGAUUCAUUACCAGGGAUAUGUUCCUUUAAAUGGUACAGUAUUUUUUAUCCAGCAUAUGAUUUUGACUUAACACUGAAUAUUAAUAUUAUAACUUAAAGCAGCCUUUUAUUUUUGUGACAUGAGUUUACAGUCUACUUUUGCAAUCAUUGUUUUGUCACAUGAGAUUAGAAAAAAUAAUUUUGCCAAUUUUCUGUUGUUGUUGGAGUCUUGAAUAACAAAGAAAGGAAAAUUCACACAUCAGGACAUGCAUUUGGUACAGUACAAGGCCAUGUACAAGUUAUAUGAUGUAGUGUUCCUGUAUUAUUUAUUAUUUUACCUGUUUCCAUUACUCCUUCAAAGUAAUAUUUGACUAAAAUCAUCUCUGGAUGUCAAGUUUGGUUGAAAAAUGCAAAUGCAAAUUGACCAAGUAAAUCAUUAGGUGCUUGUUUAAUUUUUGAUUAUAGUGUUCAUUUGUGUCAAGUAAAUUCUUGAUUGUUGUUUUAGUAAAUAGGAAUGUAAUUUUAUUAGUCACUAUAUUUUAUUGUUAAAAGCACUGUGAUGCCAUAUUUUGUGAAGCAGAUUUUGUACAUAAAAGAAAAUAAUGUUAGUAUCAAUAAACCAAGUAAAAUAA